UCUUAAGAUGAUUAUCUCCGUCGCACGUUAACUUCAAAUACAACUACUAUUCAAUCAAUUAAUUUCUUGAUACACUUACGCAGAAGUCGCUUCGCUACGCAACGAAUCGAAGUUACUGACAACUAGUUAAAAGUCCAACAGUUUGCUUCAGAAAACAGAACCAUGGACGGUCCAAAGGGAUCGUGUCAAGAGAGGUUAGCAGACAACUGCCAGUGCGAGGGAGAGGUCACUAUUAAAAGCAAGAGGCAUGGCAGGGGUGCCGUCGAAUCUGGACUUACACACGAAUGUGGCGUGUUCGGCGCCAUCGGCACCGGCGAGUGGCCCACGCAGGUCGACGUGGGCCAGGUCAUCUGUUUGGGACUCGUGGCCCUCCAGCACAGAGGCCAAGAAUCAGCCGGGAUCGUGACGUCAGAGGGCAAGAGCGCCCGCACAUUCAACUCUCACAAGGGCAUGGGGCUCAUCAACAACAUAUUUAACGACGAAGCCAUGAAAAAGCUCAAGGGGAACCUCGGUAUUGGUCACACUAGAUACUCGACGUCGGCAGCAUCUGAGGAGGUGAACUGCCAACCGUUCGUAGUGCACACAGCGCACGGCGCGCUCGCCGUCGCACACAACGGCGAACUCGUCAACUGCUCCAGUCUUAGGAAGAUGGUACUUGGCCGAGGCGUAGGCCUCUCCACACACUCGGACUCGGAACUGAUCACACAGGCGCUGUGCCUCAACCCCCCUGAGGGCGAGACCGACGGCCCGGACUGGCCGGCUAGGAUCAACCAGCUCAUGAGGUUGGCGCCCCUCAGUUACUCCCUGGUGAUAAUGCUGAAAGACAAAAUAUACGCCGUGAGGGAUCCGUACGGCAACCGGCCGCUCUGCCUCGGCAAGAUUCUGCCCCUAGGCUCCUCAUAUGCCUACAAAAACUCAUCAGAACGCCAUAACGAGGUUUUGAUGAACGGCAGCGUGAAGAACGGUAUAGACGAUAAAGCGGAAGGUUGGGUGGUGUCGUCAGAGUCGUGCGGGUUCUUGUCUAUUGGCGCCCGCUACGUACGCGAAGUGCUCCCCGGCGAGAUAGUGGAGAUGUCCCGGCACGGAGUCCGCACCGUGGACGUGGUGGAGCGGCCCGCGGACAAGCAGCAAGCGUUCUGUAUAUUCGAGUAUGUGUACUUCGCACGAGCAGACUCCAUGUUCGAAGGUCAAAUGGUGUAUUCUGCGCGUAUGCAGUGCGGCCGUAUGCUGGCCCGAGAGUCGCCCGUCGACGCGGAUAUUGUGUCCUCGGUCCCUGAAUCCGGCACCGCUGCGGCGCACGGCUACGCUAGACAGUCCGGUAUUCCCUUCAUGGAGGUCCUAUGCAAGAACCGCUACGUAGGCCGCACGUUCAUCCAGCCGUCCACCCGACUGCGCCAGUUAGGCGUGGCCAAGAAGUUUGGCGCGCUCUCGGAGAACGUCAACGGCAAACGCAUUGUGCUUAUUGACGACUCUAUAGUGCGAGGGAACACCAUUGGGCCGAUUAUUAAGCUGCUGAGAGACGCGGGUGCCGCUGAGGUGCACAUCAGAAUAGCGUCCCCGCCCCUAAAGUACCCAUGCUAUAUGGGCAUCAACAUACCCACGCGAGAGGAGCUCAUCGCGAACAAGAUGGAAGCGCCGAAGCUCGCCAAACAUGUCGGUGCCGACAGUCUCGAAUACCUGAGCGUGGAGGGCCUCGUGAGCGCCAUCCACUACAACAUGAAGUCAACGCCGAGCGACGGCGUGGGCGGGCACUGCACCGCCUGCCUCACCGGCGACUACCCCGGGGGCCUGCCGGAGGCCGACUGGUGAACUCUAGGGUAGCACUGGAUCCAUUAACCGUAUGUGUCUUCUUGGACAAUCACGCCCCUCCAACAUUUAGGUUUCGGGGCAUCCAUGGACGUCGUCAAGGGGCAAUGGGGAGGACAGCGGAAUGCCAGCCUGUUUAAGAGACAUAUAUAAGUACAACUAGACAUUUACUGUUCCCUAAAAGUACACAAAGUACAUAAUUAAGAACAUAUUUUUGUACACAUUUUCCAUUUACGAUGUGCCUUAUUUUUACACUGUGCCUUAUAUACUAUUUAAGUAUAACACGUAUUUUUUAGAGUAAGAUUGUCGUGCUGGUUUCGACUUAAAUGAAUAGACAUAAUGUUUGUUGAUUACAGUAAAAUUUUGUUAUACUCGUAUUUAUAUUACAGCGGCCGCAAGUAACAGCACGUUUGACUGUUUGAAUAACUUUUAAAGUCAAUAAGGGCCAGCCAUACUUAUCCUUAUCGACCUUAUCGCUUGCCAUAAGCCAUAAGGACGCUUUGAUCGGUUAUUCGUAUAAAAAUACAAGCAAAUGUCGUCCUUAUGGUAAGUGACACAGUAGGACCUUAGUCUAGACUAGAGACGAGACAAUAAUAUAUCGCCAUUUUAUUAACCUCCUGAGACCCGAAAUAAAGAUUCUAUUUAAAAAAAAUGUUUUUGGGUCUCUGGGUUUUGGUAGACGUAAUUCCGACGAACCGAUUGUCAGAAUUUUUUGUUGCGCAAUUUAGUAUCUUCUGUCACAGGCUUUAAGGGCCUGUUUAAAUAUUGAUUAGUGUUUAGUGCGAUUUAGUUAUAUUUGCUACUUGCGUUUAGUAACAAAUGUAUAAACACGCACUAUAGUUUAGUCUAUCAAUGACAUCAAUGUGCAAACAUCAGGGACCAAAUGUAGUGCUUGCAGGUGAGCUAGCAAAAUUUUACUGUAAUAUAUUUUUAAUUAAUUAUAACUAAUUUAAGGGUAAUUCUCAAAUUGAUUCCUGUAUAUCUAAUAAAAUAAUGUACGUACAUAUUUUGUAAUCUAAUAAUUUAGUUUUUUGAUAUAAUAUUUGUGUUGAUGUAUAUUAAAAUUGCUCAAGCGUACGAAAAAUAACGAGUGUCAAAUCAUGAAGGCUUAUGUGAUUUUGAUAUGCGUUUACCUUUUUUUAGAUAUCCUAAUGUUACGGAACCAUUAGGACAUAUUAAAAAUUCUUACUUACGGUACUAAAAAUAAGUACCGUAUUUGCUAUAUAGUACAGUGAGUGCUGCAUUUUAGGCAGGUGUCUGACCAGCGGCGAUAGAGCGAUUACAACUCGAUUGUUUUCAAGAAACGUGCAGACACAAAUCCUAUAUCAAUAAAAUAUACACUUAUCGGAUCAGUGUAUGUUUACGUUGCUAGCAAGAGUAGCAAGUAAAACCUUGUGAGUCGUUCCGUCGGUCGGGCAUUUGCCUUAGACUGUAGGUACUAAAUUUGAUCUAAGAUAAUUCUCGAAUGGUUAGAUCUGACAUUAAGGUUCAUGGAUUUCAAUGUUUAAAUAAAUUAUCGAGUCAAUUUAUAAUUUUUACAUGUUUUUCUUAAAUUAUGGACCAUAACAGUUACACAGUAUGGCAUUAUUUUUACUGAUUUAUUAUCAGAUUACUAUUGUUAACUACAGAUUACUAUUGUAAACUAAAUUAAGUCUAUUAGUAAAAAUGCAUCCAUAUUUAAGAGCAAAGAACGUCAAGCGAUUGUAGACUUUGUUAAAAAGGUAUACGAUUUAAAUCUCGUCGCCAUUUUUAUACAAUAUAUGUAGGGUCACCAAAACAGAUGUAAAAUGAUCGAAGAAGCAAGUAAGUCAAAAUACUUAUAACAUUUGUUUGUCAUUUCAUUUGCGUCUUUGGCGACUCAAUAUGUAAAAUUGUAAAUGGCUACUUUACGUAAUUGUAUCUUUAUUACAUUUCCAACUCUAUAAACUGGCUAAUAGAGUAUAAAUUGCAACGCGUUGCGUGCUAUCAGUUGACAGUAGCUGUAAAUUAAGUACAUUCCACCCUAUUGGUAUAGAAUAAGUUGUUGUACGAAUGUACAACUAUUAUUAUUGAGAAUGAAUUAAAUCAUUUAUUUGUAAUUAA